AUGAUGAGCACCUCCACAUCUGGGAUCUUGCCAACUGUCAGCUCGUCCAGCGCAUUUCCUACAUGUUGCCUCCAGCCACGCAUGGAUAAUCUCUUGCAAAAUGAUCUUGUAGGUAAUGUCCUGUGGGAAGAAACUGAUCUCCCCGCCACCACUUCUUCUCUCAUGGAUCACAUCAUCCCAAAAUCAAGUAUCCACAGAUCAGUUUUUGAGAACAUUACUUAUGUGACUGGAGUGCCGAUAUUCGUCGAUCACAAGUGGCAACUUGAUAAACAUUGGAACAAGCAGAUGCUGACACAGAAACAGAAGCAGGCGCCAGACGACACUGAUUCAGAUACAGAGGAGUUGGGGACAGAUUGCGAAGGUUCCUCUGCGUCAGGGCAGGAAGGUUCCUCCAUGUCAGCUGCGCCUGAUGCUAGUGAUCAGGGCUGGGACUCUCGAGAAUACGACCCUAACCAACCAAACAGAAAGCUGACCCCGAAGAGGAUACCAGAGCAAAAAUGGGCGCGUCUCUUCAAUACUGUCUAUAUGGCCAUGCACAUGACAUAUAGGGUGAUGUUCCCUCAUCACUCACCCAUGUACCCUUUUGAACCUGCAGAUCGCAAAUGCCCACAUCGGCAAUGGUCACCGGAGUUUUGCAAUGCUCCCAUUCUGGACGUGACCAACAUCCAGAAGCCUGGUGUAGUCCUUCUUGAUCGUGACGUUCAACCAAAAAGCUGGGCACACGUCCUCACAUGCGUUGAGAUCACUGAAUCUGAUCUUGGCGCAAACCAUGACAUACCAUUGUUCAAGGGGGUGAUCACCAAAGGUUAUCUCAUGAUUCUGGCAGCAAACCAUCUUCGUGCCCAUUACAUGCACCACUCAGGCCUGAUCAUCACAUGUCCCAUCCUAAUCACAGCAAACCCAACAUGUCUUGUCGACAUGCUAAACACCAUGUCACUGGGGAACAAUAAAUUCCAUGGCAUGGAUUCCACCAUGCACAUGUGCAAUGAGUCCUGCAAGCAAACACAAUGUGAAGUGGGGGACCAGGCAAUCGGCUGGAUAGAGGACAAGGAGAAGCAGAAAUUAUUGAUCAUUGCUAUUUUGUGGAGAAGCCAGGGUCUUUUCUCUUGCAGGACUAUUUGCUAUCAUGUGGAUGAGGCAAAGAAAGAUCAUGAAGAAAAGGAUGUCGAGUUCGAGGGAGAGCCCGCCUCUACAUUGUGCAUCCGUAACCGCCAUGGGAAAUUCAGUCCUGAAUUUUACUGUAAAUAUCACCGACACAUGCUUUUGACCCCUUGUGGAGAGCCACUGUCGACAUUUUUGACUAAACGAGAGCUGAUAAGCACUUUUCGAGACCUUGUAAUCGUGCACAAGGCAAUGACCAAGAGGAAAGUCCUACACAGAGACCUUAGUCCCAACAACUUGAUCAUCUAUAAAGGACGUGGCUUCUUCAUUGAUUUUGACCACGCCCAGAUCAUUGCGCAAUGCAACACUAGUGUUUGUGCACAGGGUACUUGCACCUUGCUGUACAUGUCUAUCUACCUUCUCCGUUAUCUCCAUUCAGCAUCUAAACUGACAGAUAAGGAUCUUGUCGUGACGGGACAGAUUGCCAGUCAUGAUCUUGAGUCUCUUUUCUACAUUUUUGUGGAAUUUGUGACUACAUAUGAUGGGCCGCAUGGCUCCAGGGCCGUUUCGUACAAGUCGGGGCUAUUACUCGCAAAGUGCGACGAGGAGUUGAUGAACUGUACAACAGCUUACUUUGGCCAACUCAAGUAUCUCAUUCAGGAGUGGCGCCUCAAAUUUCUUCAGGCAGUUGAAGAAAGUUGCGAGAGUGGCAUUCAUCAUGAGGAUAUCGAGGAGGUCCUUGUGAAAUGGAUAUAUCAUGAGGCUGCUGAUGAGCCCCUUCCAGUUGCUCAAGCCUCGUCAUUGAGUCCAGUCAGCAUCUUACCUCUUCCAGUUCCUCGUCAUUCGAAUUGGAAGACUGUCCCGGUGAAGAGACCGUAA